AUGGGUAAAACCGAAUUAGGGUUUCUAUCUGAGUUUUAUUUUGGGGUGGAGGAGAUCCAGCCUGGCACGAGCGGCUAAACCCUGACCGUCAAGGUCGUCACCACCAAUCUGGUCGAGAGGUCACCUCCAAGAAUGGCGGUGCUCUCCUCUCUCUCGUCUCUCCCUCUUCAGCCCCCUCGCAUCACUGAGUGCCUCGUUAGCGAUGAGACUGGAACCAUUGUCUUCACUGCUCGCAAUGACCAAGUUGACAUUAUGAAGCCUAGUACCACUGUGAUUCCACGCAAUACAAAGAUUGACAUGUUCAUCAAAGGCACUAUGAGGCUUGCAGUUGAUAAAUGGGGUUGUGUUGAAGUCACAGAACCAGCCAGCUUUGAAGUUAAAGAGGUCAACAAUCUUUCUCUUGUCGAGUAUGAAUUACUUAGUGUUGCUGAAUGA